CGGAAGUGAUGGUGCGGCGGCGGCGGCGAUGAUGGCGGAGGCGAUGGCGGUUCUCGGCAGUGUUUGAUCAACUCGGCUAUGAUGCCUUCCCGAAACAAUGUGGCUACUGGGAUCUCCAGCAGCAAAGUGAAAUACUCUAAACUGUCCAGCAGCGACGAGGGUUACAUCGACCUGCAGUUCAAGAAACUUCCCACAAAGGUCCCCUACAAAGCGAUUGCACUUGCAACGAUCCUCUUUCUGAUCGGAUCUCUCCUGAUAACCAUCGGUGCCCUCCUGCUCUCCGGGUACAUCGACAGUUCGUACAGUGACACGACAUGGCCAGUAUUGAUCAUCGGUGUCCUCGUCUUUGUGCCCGGUUUCUACCACCUGCGGAUCGCUUUCUACGCUUUCAAAGGCUACCGAGGCUAUUCUUACGACGACAUCCCAGACUUCGAUGACUGAGGACUUGGCCUCACAGUUCGUCCCCAUCGAUGGCAUGCGAUCCUGGUGUGGGGAGCUGGCAGGACCAGAGGACAUCUACCACCUCCUCUUCCUUGGCUACUUCAUACACUGGGCAAGAGUCAAGUUAGCGUAGAGUAUUGGUGUCCAAAUUAUAUUUUACGUUGCAAUUUUUCUCUUCUUUUUCUUUCUUUUGCUUAAGACCAAGCCACUUUUCAAACCUGUUUGGCUCUAGGACCGUGUCCAUGUCGAAGCCGCAAGGGAUAGGUGGGGGUUGGGGAGGGAAUGUUUUUUAUAUAAAAAAAGAUGCGACUGAGUAGCUUGUUUUAUUUUCCAAUUCAACUCUUUAAUUAUGUUCCACCUUAAACAUUGCUUUGGGAACUGUUCACUUUUCCCUCCCUGUCCCCAAAUGUAGGAAAUUUGUGAUCCCCCCCUCACUUUUUAAUCUUUUUAAAGUUAAUCAUAACAAUAAUAAUCCUUGCAUUUGAUACAGCCCCUUAUCACGUCUUCGAGACGUUUCAAAGCGCUUCACAGAAUAUACUAUAAAUUGAAUUGACUGUAUAUCUGCGUGGACGAAACACGGCAGCCAAUUGCGCACAGCAGCGUCCCCACAAACACUAAUGAUUACAUAAAACAGCAACGAUUACAUAAAAGGUUACAGUAUGGAAACAGGCCUUUCAGCCCAAUAAGUCCAUGGUGGUACUGCACCCUCUUAAUCCCCUCUCCCAUUCCCCUCUGUUCCCUUCUCCCUUGUGUAUUCCUUAUCUUUCAUUGGAAUCUGUCGCUGGUGAUAGCCCUUAACGUUGGGAAGAGGAUUUCUGCUCCGCAUGUCAGUGCAAAAAUGAGCCGAGCACUGUGGGUGUUCUCCCUCUGAUAAAGACAGCGGCUGAGCAAACCUUCUUCACCCAUCGAGGUGUGCAGCUUAAAGCAUGUAUUUUGGUGACAAUGUGACGUAAACUAGCGGUGUUAAAUCGGAGUGGGCUGCUCCUGUGUGUGGUUUAUUUUCCCCUACGCGUUCACAGACACACCAUUUUCCGUUUUAUUUCCCUGCAUCGUUGUCUGCCCGAAAGGUAGGUUGGGAUGGACAUAUUCACCUCUCUCCCUGAUGCUAGGUUCUCGCCGCAACAGAACAGAACUUUGACUGAGGUGCUGGCUUGUGCGACUUGAAACUGGGACAGUUCAUUCCCCUCCGCAUUAUUGUAAAAAAAAACUCUGCCUCUCUGUUUUCUCCUUUUACCACAACUGACUCUUAUCAACAGUGAGCCUGCCUAAUGCUGUUGCUUAACACUGUCCCAAGUCCAGUGUUGACCGAUGAACCCUCCUUGGCAAUGCAGCGUCUCACACCCACAGCUUCCCGCUCGCUCUCUCGCUGACCGAAGCGUUCUCCGUGAAGCUACUCUUAAAGGAUAAGAGUUGUCGGCAAGAAAAAACGAAAGGGAGUAGCAUUUGUUUGGAUCCAGAUCUUAUCUCUUAUACCUGAAGCAUUGGACCGUGUGAGCAACAUUCAAUAAAAUAUCAAGUGAAAUGA